AUGUUGCGUUCUCGCGCUCGCAUACCUGUAGCCAAGCCUUCGUCUUCCCAGAUCAUUUCGCCACACUCAUCCACCACAACGCCUCCAUGUCGCCCUCCAUUGCUACCAAUACCCCCACGAUUCCUCCUUCAUAACAUCCGUCUGGUCCCCCGCGACGGCCUCAUGUUCAGGGCACAGGUCUUGCGGCGGAACUUGUCCCUCUUCAACAGAGUCCCGCACUCGCACCUCGUACGGUCGGCUGCUCGCAACAACCAUGAGAAUGUGACCAUCCAGCGCUUUCGCAUACAGAGGCCUGUCUUCAGUAGAUCACGCCUGGUUGGCACUCUCAUUGUCACGCUUGCCUUCCAUGGCCUCAUACGCUACCUCGAAGUGGAAGUCGACGUGCAAGUAGUGAGCGAGGCGGAACGAAAGAGUCGUCCAGGCGGCCCAAACGACGAGAAAGCGUGGCCACAGGUGGGACAAGAAGUGCAUGAUGGUGACGAAGAAGAGGCCGAAGAAGUUGACAACGCAUUGCUUUUCCUGCCCACCGGCCUCCCACGACCAGCACCCAAGACGUUCUACAAAGGCUCGGACCCAGAAUGGCAAGAAUUUAAGAGGAUAGCUGCAGACAAGGGACGGGCUGAGAAGAUCAGAGUGGAACUCGUGGCCAUGGUGCGCUCUCUGGUCGCCUCGAUGCCGCAAUGGGAAGCCAAGAUUGGCAAAGUCGAUCAGACCAAAGGCUCGGCCUGGGUCGAAGUCAUGUUUCCAGACUGUCCGCCUAACGGGUACGAAAGACCUGGCAUUGCCUUGACGGACGAGCUGAAGUGGGUUAAGGUCGUUCGGCCUGUCGAACAAGAAGACCACCACCGACUCCAUCGAAUACUCAAACCUACUGGGGCCGCAAAUGCAGUCUCCCAAGACGUGCAGAGGAGAGCUAGUCGAUUCUUGAAAGACUUCAAGGCCUACUUCGGCUGGGAUGAAAAGACUACUGCGACAUCUGUGCCUCUGGGCCUGCCACCCAUUCCCAUAAAUAUACUGUCUCCUUCUAGUCGUGCAGCGGCUUCGUCUGACGCCACACCGAACCCCUCAGCCACAUCGUCACCACCAGAUACCGCCCACCAAUCUACGACUUCAGCCUCCGCCUCACCAGCGCCUGUUGGCGCUCCCUCUAGCACACUAAAAUUCCUCCUCCCAGAUCCCAAGACGCUCAGAAUGGACCUCGCGCAUUUCCGGCGAGACCUUGCAAAGGGAACCAAACCCUCAACGUUACAAAGCCCCCGCGGAUCUUUCUACGUCAAGGGGAUCAUUGAAGUUCACGGCUCUCGGGCGCGCGUGACAUUCAACACAACAGCAGUAUACGACCCUAAACAGGGCAAAUACAUUGCCAUGAAUGUGGGUAUAUUCAACUUUAAAGAGCAUCGACAGUCACCCAAGGGAGGGCCAUGA